AAUCAAAUUUUAAAUAGCUUUUAAUGUUCUCUCUUGUUCACUAAACGCAACUAAGGAACACAGGCAGCAUGUUCUACACACAUGUGCUUAUGAGUAAGCGGGGGCCAUUGGCCAAAAUCUGGCUUGCCGCUCACUGGGAGAAGAAACUCACAAAGGCCCAUGUAUCUGAAUGUAAUCUAGAGAUAAUCAUUGAGAAAAUUAUUUCACCUAAGGUGAAAAUUGCACUUCGGACUUCAGGACAUCUUCUCUUGGGAGUUGUUCGGAUCUAUAAUAGGAAGGCAAAAUAUCUUUUGGCAGAUUGCAGCGAAGCAUUGCUUAAAAUGAAGAUGACAUUUCGCCCAGGACUAGUUGACCUUCCGAAGGAGAAUUUUGAAGCAUCUUACAGUGCUAUCACACUGCCAGAAGAAUUUCAUGAUUUUGAAAUCCAGAAUGUGAAUGCUAUUGGUGUUUUAGAAAAAUUUACUCAGAACCAAAGCAGACCAGAAGAAAUCACACUUAGAGAAGAUUAUCACAAUGUUCUACUUUUCCAAGCUAGGAACUUUGGGGCGGAAGCUGAAAUCCUCAGAAGCCAUAGCUUCUUUGAUGACAACAUCUUGCUGAAUUCCAAUGGUCCUUUAGUUGAACAUAGUUCUGGAAGCCUCAAUGCAGAAAAAUCUCUGCUCUAUGACAGUGGAGAUGGAUUUGGUGAUGAAGGGGCUGCAGGAGAAAUGAUUGACAACCUAUUACAAGAUGAUGAAAAUAUCCUGUUAGAAGACAUGCAUUUGAACAAAGAAGUUUCCAUGCCUCCUGAGCCUCCCAAUACUAUAGUGGUAGAACCAGAUAAUCCAGAGUGUACACAUCUACUGGAAAAUGAAAAAAUGCAUGAAACCACGUUAUCAAAUGAAGAGGAAGGAUUUACCCUUGUUCCGAUUGAUACUUCAGAUAUUGCUUGGAAAAGGAAAAACAAAAAGAGGAAAUUGCUCAUAGAUCCAGUCAAGGAGAUCAGCAGCAAAACUAUGCAUAAACAGCUUACUUUCUUCGCUGACACGCUCAUGGUUUUGGAACUUGCACCUCCUACCCAAAGACUGAUGAUGUGGAAAACAAGGGGAGGAGUGGAUACACUUCUGUCAUCUGCUACCCAGGAUUUGAUUCAUACUGAACUGAAAAUGUUGUUUACAAAAUGCUUUCUGUCUUCUGGCUUUAAACUUGGAAGAAAAUUGAUACAAAAGGAAUCAAUAAGUGAAGAAAUGGGGGGCAGAAACGUAGUAGAGACCUCCAUGAUGAAAGAUCCAAAUUCCCAGCAAGAGUUAAGCCAACCCAAAACUUGGCAGGAUGUGACUGAUGAAUCUCAUUAUAGCUCUCAUGAGGAUACUAAUAAAAAUAUUAGCUCUGAGCAGGAUAUUGUUUCUUUGGCUGCUGAGGAAUCCUCUUUAAUGAAUGUUACCUUGGCACAAGGAAUUGAAAAUAGUUCAGUUGAAUUGGAGUCAUUGGGAAGUGAACAAAAUAUUGAGGCAAAGAGAUGGAAUCGAAGAAUACAUCGGCUGUUAAAUGAUUUGCGGGAAUCUCACAAGACAGGAAUGAAGUGCUUUAGUCUGAUGACUCUCUGCAGAAAUAGUGACCGAAAACAAGCUGCUGCCAGAUUUUAUAGCUUUCUUGUCCUAAAAAAACAGCGGGCUAUUGAGCUGAGCCAGAGUGCCCCCUAUGCAGAUAUUAUAGCUACAGUGGGACCAAUGUUCCAUAAAAUAUGAAGGAAAUUCAGAACAUGCAGAUUUAUGUCAUCAUUGGAAUUUCUGUAUAGAUUGUUCGAUUUAAUGCAGCAGCCGCCUGGAAGCAGCUGAAGGUCUGAUCCCUUUCAUAGACAAGCCAACCUGCCAUUUCUUCUUUGUAAGCUCAGAAUAAUCAUAGCCAGAGCUGGAAACAUAUAUGCUCACAGAAAUACUAAAUUAUAGCUGAGUAAUAGUUUUAACUUAGCUGACUUGAAUGUAUAGUAUGUACCACUUCCCUGACUUGAAUGUUGCAUUUAGAAUACAUUUUGAAAAUAUUAUAUGGCUUCAGGAGACACUCAAGGAUGUUAUUAAAGGGCUACUUUACAUUGGAAUAUUUAUUUUAA